AUGUUUGUGCCCGGCUUCGGGGACGUCGACCCGGCCAGGGCGGGCGAGGACCGAGGGCCGGCCCUCAUCGCCGUCGCCGUGAUAGGCAUGGCAGUGUCGACGCUGGCCGUCGUGAUGCGUUUCUGGUCGCGCGCCGUGGCGUCAACGCUUGUGCACGGCUUGGACGACUGGGCCAUGCUACUGACGCUGGCCUUUUCGCACACCUUCUGCGCCUUCGCCAUCUACAUGACCACCGUCGGCCUGGGCAAGCACGCCUGGGCCGUCCCUCUCGAGUACCUCAAGCCCAGCCUGACCGCCCAGCGCAUCGCCCUUGUCUUUUACACGGCCACCAUCUGGGGCAUCAAGAUCACGGCCCUGCUCAUGUACGGCCGCCUCUUUCACACGUCGCCUCGCUUCGUGCUUUUGCUGCGCAUCUCGGGUGCUGCCAUCACCGUCUGGUGGCUCAUUACGGCCAUCUACCCCUGGUUCUUCUGCUCCCCCGUGGCCAAGAACGUCGACCCCUUCAUGGAGGGCACGUGCUGGGAGAAUAUUCCGUGGUACUAUGCAUCCGCCUUCAUCAACGCCUUCUUCGACCUGCUUGUGCUGGCAUUGCCCGUGCCUGUCGUCUGGAGACUGCGCAUGACCCGCCGCAAGAAGAUUGCCGUCACCUUUGUCUUCCUGCUCGGUUACGCCUCCGCCUUCCUGUCCUUUGCUCGAUUCAUCGUCAUCGUGGUUCACCCAGAUAUCCUUAGCGUCAAUCCGCCGGCCGAUCCUUCAUGGGACCUCGUGCCUCUGCUGUACCUGUCGAUGCUCGAAGGUCCCAUCGCCAUCCUGGCUCUGUGCGGCCCCGCCAUCCACCAGCUCUCAGCUCGCGCUUUCAACUACGGCAGCCUGGCAUCUCUUUUCACCUCGCGAGAGCGUGGGACAAAGCCCAGGCUGCGUGGCACAGGCAAUAGCCCCAACGUUGCCGGCUUCUCGGAUCUCAGCAACGCGUCCAAGAACCCCCGGACAUGGCCGCUCGUCACGUUUGCUUCCAUGUCCGACACAACUACGGCACUUGGUAGCGAAGGCGACCCUCUCAAGGAUAGCGACGACUGGCAACGCCAGAGCCGGGGCGGUGUGGUGGUGGUGCCCAUGGCCGAAAGUUUAAGUCGGGACGGGUCACAGAGUACCAGACGGGAGAAUCACAUAGUCUGA